AUGUGCCACAUUCUCGACCUCCCUCCCGAGAUUGUCAUCUGGGUAUUUGAGUCACUUGAGAACAUAGAUGACGCCUUACAUUUUGCCCGAUCCUGCAAAUAUGCCUUUUCUGCGUUUGACUCAAACAGCGUCCGAUUGAAGAUUUUCAGAUCAAUUAUUACCAAUGCGUCCCAACAUCAGCAUGAUCUUGAGCUCAAUCAAGCUGUUCAUAUGCAUGGCCAUUUCUCAUCUGAAUUUUACACCACACCAAUAAUUCCCGGAAACGCCGCCCGCCGCAGAUGGCAUCUUAAUAUGCUGGAGCCUCUGAGAUAUGGCACAAGUAUACCUGAUGAGGUUGUUUGGGAUAUAGUGGCCCGAUGGCAUGGAAUGCGUCUUCUCUUUGUUAUUUACCUAGAUAAAGCCACAAUGGAAGCCUACGUGGGGUCGGUAUUUUCAUUCACGCCCGGUGUGAAUGAACCGGAUACAACGGAGGAAUCCGCGUUUGAAGGGGAUAUCCCGAAGCCGUCUCCAAACCCCGAGUCAUGCGAGAACAGAACGAUUCCAGCUAGCAGACAAGCCAGCUAUGAACGAUUCUACAAGGCUUUGACAGCCCAAUGGAUGUCGAUUGAGAGGCUCUGGAGGGUCAGAAGUCAGGUGUGGCCGAAUGCUCAAAAGUUUGAUGACGCAUUCGACGCUACCCUAAGACAGUGGAUCAACAACCCGGGAAGGCCGAUGAAAGAGAAAAUAGAUAUUGCUGAGAUCGUUGAGUUCGUAUGGGGGUUUCUUGGGCGAAAGACAAUUCGUUUCUCCGAGUUUUCUUCUUGGCUGGAAGGUGAAGACGACCUGGUCAGAGACCAAUAUCUCGACCAAGACGAAAGCAAAGUCGGGAACUGGGGGUUUUUUAUACGAAGCAUUGUUCAAUUCCUGAGGCCUCCGCAAAUUCUUCAAUUGGUUCUUUCCUAUUGGUAUCCAUCAAGCUGGAAUUUCGAUCGGUCUGGAUUUCUUCGACAUUUGGGACUUUUCGACACCUGGGAAGGUGUACUUAUCAAUGCUCCUCCUUCUCCAAGGUCCGACAGCUGGGUUUCUCUGGAUAUAGUGAACUAUGACGUGGGAAAUUCCUUUGCGCACAUGGAAAAUGGCAAGGAGGUUGAGGAGAAUUGGCAAAAUUACCGGCAAACUUUAUGGUCAAAGGAGAUAAAGGGUAAGUUGUUCCUUGAGGGUAUACCCGAGCGAGAUAUCUUGUGUAAAGUUACGGGCGGAGCUGCGUGUCCGCAGGGGUUUUGA